AUGACUGUUUGUCGAGUUGAUGACCUGUUGGAUGGCUGUAAGUUAUACCUAUGUGGCUUAUCAGGAAAGAAACUGGAGAAACUGCGAAUGAUGGUGAACUCUGCCGGAGGGCUGCGCUUCAACCAGCCCAGCCAAGAGCUGACACAUAUAGUGAUGGGUGAACCAGAUCAGGGGAUCAAAGUCUUCCUUGACAAAGCCACUCACAAACCACAUAUAGUGACUGUGCAGUGGUUGCUGGACAGUUUCUCCCGUGGUUCCUUGCUCCCAGAGGAUGACUACUUUCACCCCUCCUUCCUGCCCCCUGCCCCAGCCACUGUUGAUAUGCCUGCUCCUCACAAAGCCGCCCCCCGUGCCUCCAGACCCUCUGUAGCUCCCCCUCCUGCCCCUAGUCCAAGCCGACAAGCCAGAGCAGAGGAAGACCUGCUAUCGCAAUACAUGGAGAAUGACCAGACUGUGGUGGAGCUACCUCAGGCCAGUAAUAGUACCAGCAGUAGGCAGAGCGUUUUGCUUCCAGAGCCUCCACCUGCAGGGAAGGACUCCACCUUGGUUGUAACCUCAGAGGGUGGCCUGUUUUCAUGGAAGCGCUUUAUCUUGGUUGGUUUUGGAGCCGAGGCUGAAGCUCAGCUCUCAGAGCUAGUCAUGGAAAACGCUGGGAAGAUCUUGGUCGGCCAUUCGAGAGCUGUGGCGCAUUAUGCCAUCGUGCCACUGCUGGGCUGUGAUGUGGAGGCCACAGUAGAUGAGGUUGCAACAGAUACCUGGCUGGCCAUGUGUGUGGAGCAGCAGUGCGUGUUGCCGCUAGCCUCUCAUCCUCUUUUCACUCCAGUAGUAGUGAGAGAAGGCUUCUCUCCUCUCAAAGACUGUGUGCUGUCUGUCAGUCAGUUCACUGGAGCUGAGAGAGAGUCUCUCAUUCAGCUUGCCAAACACCUGGGAGCGAGAACUGAGGACAGUUUUGUUGGAGCAUCUCAGAAAGAUCUGCCACCUCUGCGUCUCCAUCAUCGUUCCCCAGAGCUACCACUACUGGGCCCACAAUAUAGUGCUGCCAUCACCCCUCUGGACAUGGCUCGCUUUCAGAGCCGCACUGUCCUCUCAGCGGUCAGAAAGUUGAGAGAGGGAGAGGAGGAACAGGCGGAUGUGGCCACCCCAGGACAGGAGGAGGCUAAAGGAGCCUUGCAGAAAGACUCUUCCCUCCAACUAGACACUCCCUCUCGAUUCCUGAGCAGAGACAGACUGUUCGGACCCUCAUUUAACACAAAGGAUGUGUUUGACCAUUUACAAACUCCUGGUAAUAAGCCUCAGCAAGAUCAGGGGGCAGAGACUCCUCUGUCAGAGAUCAUUGAGAGGAACCUUAAAGCUGCAGUUGCCAACAGCAACCGCAGCCAUGCCACAAGCCUUGCAGCCAUGCCUGCCUGUCCACAACUGGGAAAAGAGCCUGAACCUGAGGUAGAGCAGAAGGCUGCAGCUCCUCUCAGUGGGGUGGUGGUGUGUGUGAGCAAGAAAUUAAGCAAGAAACAGAGUGAACUCAAUGCAGUGGCUGCCUCUCUUGGCGCAGACUUCAGGUGGUCGUGUGAUGACUCUGUCACUCAUUACAUCUACCAGGGUAAAGUGGGAGACAACAGUAAAGAAUACAAAGCUGUCAAAGAGAGGGGACUGCAUAUAGUGUCACAACACUGGCUACAGGCUUGUGCAGAUGAGCAGAAGCAUGUAUCCGAGUCACUCUACCCUUUUACAUUCAAUCCCAAAAUGAGCCUCACCAUGAGUCAGGUGGCAGAUACCACUCAGAGGUCACCUCCUCCUUCCACUCUACACACCAGACUCAGGGCAUGUCCAGAGAAUGAGGAGACCAGGCUUAGCCCUGUUGACAACAUCACAGACAUCUCAACCCCUCAGUGUGUCAGUGUGGGAGAGGCUGAGAAAGAUCAGACCGUCAGCACUGAGAGAAAUCUCACAGAAACACUUGAGAUGAGAGAGGGUCUUCAAAGGCAACUUCAGGAGAUCAUGUCUGCUACUAAACUGACCAGCGGUCGUCGAGUCUCCUCGCGAUUGGCAAGAACAGGCUCAGGGGGACUAGACUCACCCCAUACCCCGGACAGCCUGGGGCGAAUGGGAAGACGCAGCCGUACUUUAGAGGCCCUACGGAUGUCACGUCAAGUGGCUGUGGACCUGAACACUGAGCCGUCCCAGAGUGAGCAGAUCGUGUGGGAUGACCCCACAGCACGGGAGGAGAGAGCUAAACUAGCUGAUAACCUGCAGUGGCCUGGCAGCCCCUCCCAGCACUCUGAAACCCUCGCCAUCGUCCCACCGCCCCUCUCUGACCACACAGCCAGCGGCAGGGACUCCAUGACUGACUCUGAACUUGUGGAAAUGGCUGCAUUUGAAGUCAUCAAUGCACAGUUGAAGCCAAAGGUGACCCCAACUCCAGUUGACACGCUACGGAGCCCUGAAACACCUGAAGCACCUACUCUUGCUUUCCCCACCUCUAAACCUGCAGUCCCUUUCCUUCCACAGGUUGAAGAUAAGGAGGUGGUGAAGGAUCCCCCACGUUUCCUGCUGUCUUCUUUGAACCCACAGGAACGCAUAGACUACAGUCUUCUCAUAGAGGAGCUAGGUGGUGUUGUGCUGGAGAAGCAGAGUUUCGACCCCAGCUGCACUCAUGUUAUUGUUGGUUAUCCUCUGAGGAAUGAGAAGUAUCUGGCCGCUAUGGCAGCAGGCAAGUGGAUUCUUCACCGCUCGUAUCUGGAGGCCUGCCGUGCAGAAGGACACUUCAUAGAGGAGGAGCAGUAUGAGUGGGGCAGCAGCUCUAUCCUGGAUGCUCUGCCAUCCAUCAACUCUCAGCAGAAGAGACUGGCACUGGCAGCCAUGCGAUGGAGGAAAACACUACAAGGCUGCUCAAACAAGGAGGGAGCGUUUGGUGGCUGGACUGUGAUGCUGAAUAUUGACCAGGCCAGAGAGGCUGGAUUCAGACGGCUGCUAGAGUCCGGGGGAGCAAAGGUGUUGCCACACCCUUCUCCCUCGCUGUUUAAAGAGACCACUCACCUGUUUGUGGAUUUUAGUCGGUUAAAACCGAGUAACGUCAGAGUGGAUGUCAGUGAAGCUGCAGCUCAGAGGGUCAAAUGUCUUAAACCAGAGUACAUUGCUGAUUACCUCAUGCAGGAGCCUUCUCCUUCAAUGGACACUUACUAUCUUCCUGGUGCAGCUGCGGAUGAUCUAGAAAAGGUUCAAGAUACAUCUUCACGCAAACGGAAAGCCUCUGGGGACAUGUCCACAUUGAAGAAGAGUCGUGUGAGAUGAAAUGUACAAUUUCUAAUGCUAAUGUAAUAUGUAUUUAAGUGAUUUUAUUCAAUUGUUACAUUGUAGAUAAAAAUAAAUUGUCUUGGCAAUAAAAAAUAAAAAUAAAAUUCAUAAUGUGAACCAC